GCUGAAAUGCUCCUCUUGACUGUCCAUAUUAACAGAGCAUUAGUAUUCGGGAUGAUUGUUAUUCAUCCCCCCUUGAUGGAUGUUCUGGCCUUUUCCUUCCUUGAGCUUGCAAACCUGUAUCACUUCCUUUCUUUCCCCUUCAGCAUUAGAGGUGCUGGCCUCGUCCUUGAAUUGGCCAUUAAGCAUGCUGUAUCUACAUUUCUAAAUGUUCUCUUCUCUCUCUUCUUGUUGACCUAAAUCCGAGCGCUAAAGAGCUCAUUUACGUUCUCUCAACCAUUGUUCUUCCACUUCCCAGGUUAGAACUACUUGGGUGGAUUGCCAUUCCUUAGCAAUAUGCUCUGCGUUCGGAAGAGCUAUUUCCUUCCAACAUUUUGCUUAGUCUUUCUCACAUAUAUUCUUUUCACUAGUCUACCGCCGGGCGCGGAACUACCGUACAUUGACGACCCCGCAGGAUAUGGGCCUCCUCCCCCUCCUCCUCAUCCAAGGCCUCCAAAAGGCAACAACCUGAUCCACUAUAAAAAGCAGCCCGAGCAACAUCCGGUGGAAAAUUAUAUCCCUCUCCCCACAGCUGCCCCGUCCCCCAUUCCCCGCAUACAAUAUGACUUUCCGGCAGAAUCAUGGUUCACCCGACGAAGAAGGGUGAAGAAACAGAAUGCCGUUCGGAAUGCUUUCAAGCAUGCAUGGAACGGAUACAAGAGGCAUGCAUGGCUACAGGAUGAGCUCUCGCCCCUUAGUGCUGAAUACCGAGAAUCAUAUGGCGGAUGGGCAGCGACGCUGGUCGAUUCUCUCGAUUCACUCAUCGUCAUGGGGUUGACCGAUGAACUCGAGGAUGCACUGCAGGCAAUUGAACAGAUCGAUUUCUCGACCACCAGUGCCACGCAGAUCAAUGUAUUCGAGACGAAUAUCCGAUACCUUGGCGGCUUUCUGGGGGCAUACGAUUUAACCAAUGGAAGUUAUCCCAUACUUCUGAAGAAAGCAACGGAGGUCGCCGAGCUGUUAUAUGGUGCGUUUGAUACUCGCAACAGGAUGCCCCAAUCGCGAUGGGAGUGGACGAGGUCGGCGUUAGGAAUGGGUAUUCAACCCAGCCGCAACACCAUCCUUGCUGAGCUGGGCUCCUUGAAUUUGGAAUUCACCCGAAUGUCACAGCUGACAAAUGAUCCGAAAUAUUUCGACGCUAUUCAAAGGAUCACUGAUCGACUGGAAACCGCACAAUCGCGCACCCAGGUGCCUGGUUUGUGGCCGAUGAUGGUUGAUGCUCAUGAUAUGGAAUUUAAUGACCCUCGUUUUACUGUCGGCGGAAUGGCUGACUCCACCUACGAGUAUCUCCCCAAAGAACACAUGUUGUUGGGGGCUCAGACGGACCAGUACCGCAAAAUGUAUAAUUCUGCCAUGGACUCCAUUAAAAAAAGGCUGCUUUUCAGGGGGAUGACCAAGGAUGGAAAGGACAUCAUGUUCCCGGGCAAUGUCCGCGCUACUUCUAAAAACACCAUCGAGCCCCAAGCUGAACACCUCAAGUGCUUCCUUGGAGGGACCGUAGGCAUUGGCGCUAGGGUGUUUGACCGUCCCGAGGAACUGUCGAUCGCGCGGAAAUUGACCGACGGCUGUAUCUGGGCGUAUGACAUUAUGCCCACGGGAAUCAUGCCCGAGGCAUUGUAUGUCAGUGCUUGCAAAAACUCAGAUGACUGCGAGUGGGAUGAACAAAAAUGGCAUCAUGAUAUCCUUCGUCGAUUUGCCAAGUACUCUCAAGGGGAAGAAGCUGCUCGGACUCUCAUAAGCAGCCACAAGCUACCGCCGGGCGUAACUGAAAUCCCGGAUGCAAGGUAUAACCUGAGACCCGAAGCCAUUGAGUCCGUGUUCAUCAUGUACCGUAUCACGGGAGACAAAGAACUGCAAGAUGCCGCAUGGCGGAUGUUCCGUAGCAUCGAGAAGAUGACCCUAACCCGCUAUGCGCACGCCGCUAUUUCGGAUGUGCGAAACCCUCAUUCGACGCAGCUGGACUAUAUGGAAAGCUUCUGGCUCGCAGAGACGCUGAAGUACUUCUACCUUAUCUUCUCCGAGCCCCACGUAGUCAACUUGGAUGAAUACGUACUGAACACCGAAGCACACCCAUUCAGGCGCCCAGACGCUCCAACCUAAAACACUACCAUUCUUCCUUCAUACUUUUCGGAUCAUGUAUAGUCAGGGAAAAGGGAUCAUCGGCGAAUAGGGAUUCCGAAUACAUCAAUUAGCAGGACUAAAC